AUGGGGAUUUCUAGGAUAGAUAUCCACCGCUCUUUAGUCACCCCGGAUACGCCUCCUCCCGAACUAGAGAGUCACAACUAUAUAUCUGCUUUUCCCACCAAGGUUCACGCGGGUCAGACGUGGAACGGCAUCGUGCCCAUCUCUCCACCUAUGUCCAGCUAUGACAAGAGCUUCAAGCCUGACAUGUCAGCUGGGAAGAAUUUGGAAGGGUCCACCGCUCGACAGGAUGCCGUCCACGGCGCACCUCGGCAGCAGCUGCCGUCGCUGAGCAGUUUAUUUGGUCCUCCGGGUCAGAUGCGUCCUCUACACUCACCACAUUCAGAUCGGCCAAGUCCUCUGAGGUCACCCCUUGACCGGCCUGCCUCUGCCUCUGCCGCCUCGGAAAGGUCAUACUCGAACUCGUACUUCCCCAGUGUCUCGACGCCCUCAACUCAGCCGCGCGGUGUUUACGAAUCGAGAGUUGAACCCGACAGGAUCUCCCUUCCAUCGGUCGCACCACGCUUCCCCGGGCCCCUCUCUCCAAGGCUACCAGAUGGCGAGCGGGCACACGCUAUAUCGCGCAAUGAUUCGACCACGUCUAGCGCAAGAUGGUCCAGUCAGUCAAGCCUUUCGGAUGCGAGGAGGCCCGAGUAUGUCCUUGGAACACGGGAACCGGCCACGUCUUUCCGGCCUGUGAACGAUCGACUACCUUACAAUCUACCUCAUGGUCGGAAACGUAGUCAUGAAUCUCUGGUCGACUACCGAGAGCCGGCGCAAAGGCACCCACAGACCCCGGGUCAUGCACCAGGCUCCUUCCCGGUUACCGCUUCCGAGGCGGCACCGGUCAAAGACGGUCUGGGCCCAAAGAUCUGGACUGGGACGCAAUUUUUGCCACGAUUUGUGCGGCAGGCAGAGGUACCGGGAGAGGGUCUUUGCUACUUUUAUGACGACGGCUCGCACUGUAAGACCGUUAUUGAUGGGGAACAGGUGAAUGCACACUGGGGAGUCACCAAGGCCGGAAAGCCCAGGAAGCGACUUGCCAUUGCUUGCUUAACCUGUCGCGAGAAGAAGAUCAAGUGCGAUCCCGACUUUCCUCGCUGUGUACAAUGCGAAAAGUUUGGCAGAGUUUGCAAAUUCAAGAAUGCCCCCCGAGGCGGACACAAUACUUCUCCGGCGAGUUCGCCAGGCGUCCCGAUGAUAUCACAAACCGCAGAUGGCGAAUAUAGACACCCGAGGAGCCCAUCCAGUACCUCAGUAUCCCCAAGAACCACGACUCUCCCUCGACCUUCGACAGAGAACUCUGACGGAGCCGGCAAACGGGUGCGCGUCGACUAUGAGCAUUAUCAACCAGCUACGAAUGAGGCGGCGGCAUCGUACCAACCACACGAAAACAAGCGAGCACCAUUGUCAUGGCACCAACGAGAACUUCCACGCGUCCAUGAGGACCUUCUCUGCCGGACAUGGCCAACCGAUUCGUACGUAGCAACCCCCUUAAUGAUGGAACCAAAGUCGCCGUAA